UGGGCAGGGAGGUGCCUGGCCCCGGGACACAGCUCCCCAAGGCGCCCAGGUGAGCGUGGAGAAGGAGGGGCGGCCGCCACACCGCGACACCCGGCCCGGCACGGCGCGGCACGGCACGGCGCAGCAUGAGCGCGGAGCCAGCCGGGGAAGAUGUAUGUAGGUUAUCUUCUGGAUAAGGACACCAACAUGUAUCCCAGCCCCGUCCGGCACCCCAGCCUCAACCUCAACCCCCAGAACUACGUGCCGGGGCCUCCCCAGUACUCGGACUUCGCCAGCUACCACCAUGUGCCGGGAAUUAACAGCGACCCGCACCACGGGCAGCCCGCGGCCGCCUGGGGCUCUCCCUACACCCCUGCCAAGGAGGACUGGCACUCGUACGGCACCGCCGCCGCCUCGUCCACCGCCAACCCGGGGCAGUUCGGAUUCAGCCCCCCGGAUUUUAACCCCAUGCAGCCCCCGGGCUCUGGACUCCUGCCUCCGCCCAUCAGCAGCUCGGUCCCCCAGCUGUCCCCUAACGCACAGAGGCGCACCCCCUACGAGUGGAUGAGGCGCAGCAUUCCCAGCACCAGCAACAGCGGGAAGACCAGGACGAAGGACAAAUACCGCGUGGUGUACACGGACCACCAGCGCCUGGAGCUGGAGAAGGAGUUCCACUACAGCCGCUACAUCACCAUCCGCCGCAAGGCCGAGCUGGCCGCUGCCCUGGGGCUCACCGAGCGGCAGGUGAAAAUCUGGUUCCAGAACCGGCGGGCGAAGGAGCGGAAGGUGAACAAGAAGAAGAUGCAGCAGCAGAGCCAGCCCACCAGCACCACCACGCCGACCCCCCCGGCAGUGGGCACGCCGGGACCCAUGGGUGCCCUGUGCGGCGGCAGCGCCCCGAGCCUCGUCUCCUCGUCGCCGCUGACCAUCAAGGAGGAAUUCAUGCCUUAGCCCCCUCC